ACACAAGUGUUACUUGGUGAACUUUGCGACUUAGAGAAAGUUAAUACCACAACAAUGUUACUAUGGCUCUCUGUUUCAAUACUGAAAUCCAAUAUAUGCUUCAGCAUCUGGCCUCAUCUCUUUCAGGAAGAGAUGCUACAAUAUGCAAACAUGGUUCUGAAAAGGAAGGUAAGUGAAAGUUGACCUAGGAAACUCGUAGCACCCACAGUUGGCCUUGAGUGUUGUGUGCUUCAGAGACCGCUACAAGUUCUGUUGCUGCUUUUGUCUGCCCAUUCGCUGCUUGCAGUGCUUAAGAAACUGUUCAAAUAACCACAUGGUCAUAUAUAGGUUAUUAUUAUCUUUAUCUUCUGUUGCUCACGUCCUACUCAGAUGCUUUAGUGCUAUGCAAAAUUGCUUAGCGAUGCACGCUGGAAUUGACUGAACUGCUUAUGUUUCGGGAGUAUAAAUCCCCGAAGGUGGGUGGCGAGGAGCCGUGUCACUAAGGUGAAGGGCAGAUCCAGCCAUGGUAGGUCCAUGGCCGCUGUGCCACCGUGGUUUCUAAAGGUGAUUUGUUGCAGCCUGAAAAGAUUGAAAAUGAUAUUUUGUUUAAUGUUGUGAGGAGGGAUACUCUUCUUGGGUCUACUAGCGGAAUUGAGUCUCAAGGAUAUCCUGGGGAGCCAGAUAGAUGUUAAAACAGUAUAGACAGAGUGCCUUGAUAGCAUUUCAGCUUCUGACAACGAUGACAAGGAACUAAAUGUCAUUGAUGAUGAUGCAUCUAAUCUCGUGAGCAGAAAUAAUCUACAAGAUCAAGGGUACUCACUGGAAGAAAAAAUAUAUCAUGAUUUUUCCUUAAAUUCUGAAGACGAGACAAGCACAAACAGACCAAAAGUUGCAUCUAUUUUUUACAUAUGUAUAGAGAUGCACCCGGCUUCCAUUAGCCUACCUAAAGGGUCUUCAGAAAAGGCAGAACUAGAAACAACAAACAUCCCUGAUGACAAUUCAGCUGCUAUGACUGAUGGAGUUGCCUCAUGUACUGGUAACUGAGUUGUCCUCCCUCUAGCUUUAAGGCAGCAUAUGUGUUUCGUGUUUCAAGAACUUCGAUCUAACCAUCAUGAAUUGGAUGGAGAAGCUUUGUGCUGUUCAAGUUUUCAGAAGGAGAUCCAAUGACAGUCAUUCGAGUGAAGAACCAAUUAUUUGUUUCAAGGAUAGAAUUGAGAUUCUAACAGUCUGGCAUUUAAUUCCAACUGAGUGAAAACUAAUUCAGACAACAACAAUUGUCAUCUCAAUUGGAAUUACAAAUGCCUGAUGUCCAGAUGCUACCUCAUAGGCUUAGAGCCAGUAAACAGUGGAUACAAGAGGGACCUGGACCUUUUAUGGACAUGGAUGGUGGAUGCUCACACAUAGAGGUUAAGCAACAAUGGUGAAUGUGAAGGAUGUGGAUAGAAUGCGUAGAGAGAUGCAGGCUAUUGAAGAUGACAUUGCCAACGCCGAGAAGGGGAAAGCAGCACUGGAGGAUAAGGUCUGGGAAGUUGAAGCUAAGCUGGUUACCAAGCUUGAGGAGCUUGAGAGGCAUGCUGAUCAGUGCAACCAGGCCCUCAAAAAGUUGAAACCUACUGUUGCUUUUCAGUACAUGAUAGAUUCAAAAGGAUCUUCUCCUGCUGAGAUGCUAGGUACUGGUUACAAAACAGUACUAAAACCUGCACUUCUGGCUCAUGCUGAGGAGAAAAAAAAGGAUUUGUCUCUCAAAUCUUGAAAACUUAAAUGAUCUACAAAAGCAGCUGCAAGGAAAUGCGAAGGUUCUAGAGGAGGAAAGGAAUAAUAUUUUCAGUCUCCAGGCAAAAAAUAACGAA